GACCAAAAGGGCUCCACAAAGAGAGCCGCGAAGCGAGAGGGAAGAGCGGCAAAACCCUUUUCCUCCUCGCCGGACAGCCAUGAGCGAAUCCCGCGAGGGAUCCCCCGAUUGGUUGCGGGAGUUCCAGCCACCAAGCAGGACCAUUGUGACACUAUCGUCUGGAUCUGAUUCAUCAUCAGAAAAAAGCCCAACCAAGUCUACUUGUUUAGAUUUAGAGGAACCAGGCAGACAUCAGAGACAGCAGGAUACCUUCCAAAUUGAUAGUGGUGAAGACAGUGUUUUUAUUGAGACUAAGAAACCAACAAAUUUAGAAACUGAAAAUGAUCAAAUUCUAAGCCAAGAUGCCUUGGAUGUGAAUGAGGAGGGUACAGCUGAGCAAGAUAUAAUACGAAGGAAGCCUGCAGGACCUCCUGUUUCCUCUAGGUUACCUUUGAUGUUACCAGACAAAGUCCAACGAUCCAAGGCACUCAUUGAAUGUGAUGGAGACUCCAUAGAUCUAAGUGGAGAUGUGGGUUCUGUUGGACGUAUAGUAAUUUCAAAUGGUCCUACUGGGAACCAUGAAAUGAUGUUAGACCUAAAAGGGACCAUAUACAAAACAACAAUAGUUCCUUCAAGAACAUUUUGUGUUGUUAGCAUAGGACAAUCAGAAGCAAAGAUAGAGGCAAUUAUGAAUGAUUUCAUACAAUUGGAGCCCAAGUCAAAUGUGUUUGAAUCUGAGACAAUGGUUGAAGGAACUCUGGAUGGUUUUUCAUUUGAUUCAGAAGAAGAUAUAGACAGGGUAGCAAAGACUUCUGCCCAUAUAAAUGAUCAGAAGGAUGAAAAUGGAGAUAAUACAGAAACAAAGACCAAGGAAACAAUGCAUAAGAAGGCAAAAACUAGCGCCAGAUCUGCAAAGAAAGGAACUAGAAAACCCCAAGUUUCAAAGAGAACAAAGAAGUCGAAGAAAUAGUCGAUGUGCUUCUUGUGCUCUAUGCCCAUUGUUAGAACGCAUUAGCUGUACUAAUUCAAGUGAUGGGGAAAAAGAUAUAGUUGAAUCUGACAAUGUAUUUUUAUAUUCUUUACAUUGUGUAUGUAUUUACACUUACAAAUGAAGCUGCAGACAGCAGGGCCAGAAACUCUCUCUUUAUUGUUCUCCAGAACUUAUUAUGUUAUAUUCAUUUGUCCGGAAAGUAUUCUGGUUCUGAUUCUUGUA